CUGCAGCAGCCAUUUCCCACCAGACCCUGCCCAGUAUGUCACAGAAAAAAACAUUUUAGCUAAAAGGGGAAAAAAAAGAUGAAGAAAAAUAGAAGUUCUGAGUGAGAGUCACUUCCCUUCCUGCCUUCCUUGAGGGAAGUGAGGCACAUAAGAAGCUAACGGAAGACAAACCCUGAUCAUAACAAAACCAGCUACAGAAACGCUGUUUCACUGCCAAGUCCUAGAAAAGACACCUCCGAAAAGCAUAACAAAGGGACUUUUCCUGGCUAGAGGGUCAAGGAUUCAUCAGACGGAGCAGGGCAGCAGAACAAUGAUGAUCUUCCCGGUGCUUGGCUGGAUGCUCCUUCCAGGCUGCUGUGCAGCAAUAGUCAGUUUGACACUGAGCAAUCCCAACACAGUGACAGGCCUGGAGACGGUGACGGGACCUGAAGGUGGUUCGGUGUCUGUGAUGUGCCACUAUGAGAAAGGCUAUGAAGAGUAUCCGAAAUUCUGGUGCAGAGACAACGUGGUAUCGUGCUUGGGCAGCCACAUCAUAGAGACCGCAGGGUCAGAGGUGGAGGUGUGGCAGGACCGAUUCUCCAUCCGGGACAACCACACCCAACGCACAAUCACGGUGACCAUGGAGACCCUGACAAUGGCGGACACCGGCACCUACCUGUGUGGGAUAAAGAAGCUAUUUGGUUUUGAUCCCACACACGCUGUGGAGCUGUCUGUGUCUCCAGCAGGAUGGACACGGACGACCCCAAGGUACUCACUUCCUUCUUCCUCUGCAGAGCCGGCCUCAGCACGGACAGCUGCUGAGAAAAAACAAGACGACUUCCCUAGCCAACACACCACUCCAAAAGGGUCUCCAGAGAUGGCGAUCAACAUCCUGAUACCGUGCACCCUGCUGGUUCUCAUCUUGCUUUUAGUCGCAAUUGCAGUGUUGAUCUUUAUCUUCAGAAGGAAAAGAAAAGGAUCAUCUGUGCAGACAGCCAGGAAAACCAGCCACUCAGAUUUGGAUUCAGAAAAGAAAGAAGAGAUUGCUUAUGCCACCGUGACAAUAUCCACCCCAAACCAGCAUGCCAUCUACAGCAACAUAGAGCAGCUCUCCAAGGCAAUGGGCUCAGCUAGUCUCCCAAAGGAAACCCUGUACACAACGGUGAAAAGCAGGACAUAAGUGUGAACAUGAAAAGGACGGUUUUGCACUUGGUUCCUCUGUUUCUACCUGGAAAACUUCACAGGAACAGAUUGUAGAAGCAAUUAUGACCUAGACAAACUCCAACAACUGCUGUGGGCGCAGAACAGACAGACUUGCUUAGUGGCACUUGAGUCUCUUGGUUUAUAAUCUGGACAGGCAGCAGGCUGGAACAAAACAGCUGUAAUUAUGUGCCAAGAAGGAGAUAUCUGAUAGGCAGCUACUGAGGUUACAAACACUGAAACUACACAAGUGCCAUUCAGGAGAACAACGGAGAAAGUUAGUGUCUCUGUUGAACUGCACACACCUUGUGCAAGAAGGGAGCUUGCACAAGAGGGCACUGAGUGUUUGCAUUUAGCAUCGUAUUGGAAAAAACAGGUUUGAUCAGCUCAUGAAACAUGGACACUGGACAUUGCAGACAGGAGAUUACUCUGGGCUGAGUAAUUUACUCAACCCAGAGUAAGUAAAAUUCCUGAGUAAAGAUAA